UCCGCGCCCACCUGACAUUACUUACUCACUCGGACCACAUUGACGGCCGCUGUGAGAGGUUACACAUAACCUGAAGCCAGGUGCAAGUCGUUUUUUUUUUUCUUUCACGGGGUAAUCUACCAACAAUCAACAAUGCGUGAAUGCAUCUCUGUCCAUGUAGGCCAGGCUGGUGUCCAGAUGGGGAACACCUGCUGGGAGCUCUACUGUCUGGAGCAUGGAAUCCAGCCAGAUGGCCAGAUGCCUAGUGACAAGCCCAUCGGUGGCCAUGAUGAUUCCUUUACCACCUUCUUCAGUGAAACUGGGGCUGGAAAGUAUGUCCCCAGAGCAAUCUUUGUUGACCUGGAGCCCACUGUCAUAGAUGAAGUUCGAACAGGAACAUAUCGUCAGCUCUUUCACCCUGAACAGCUGAUCUCAGGAAAGGAGGAUGCAGCUAACAACUAUGCCCGUGGACACUACACCAUUGGGCGAGAGAUCAUUGACUCUGUCCUUGACAGGAUCCGUAAACUGGCAGAUCAGUGCACUGGUCUUCAAGGAUUCUUGGUCUUUCAUUCCUUUGGUGGAGGCACUGGGUCUGGUUUCACCUCCCUGCUGAUGGAGAGACUCUCUGUUGACUUUGGCAAAAAAUCAAAGCUUGAGUUUGCCAUCUACCCAGCCCCCCAGGUUUCCACAGCAGUGGUGGAGCCUUACAACUCCAUCCUGACCACCCACACCACCCUGGAGCACUCUGACUGUGCCUUCAUGGUGGACAAUGAGGCCAUCUAUGACAUCUGCCGCAGAAACCUUGAUAUUGAACGUCCUUCCUACACCAAUCUCAACCGCCUUAUUAGCCAAAUAGUUUCGUCCAUUACAGCCUCACUUCGUUUUGAUGGAGCUCUGAAUGUUGACCUGACAGAGUUCCAGACCAACUUGGUGCCCUACCCUCGUAUCCAUUUCCCUCUGGCCACCUAUGCCCCUGUCAUCUCUGCUGAGAAAGCCUACCACGAGCAGCUGUCAGUGGCUGAGAUAACCAAUGCCUGCUUUGAACCCUCAAACCAAAUGGUGAAGUGUGAUCCUCGUCAUGGUAAAUACAUGGCUUGCUGUCUGCUGUAUCGUGGUGAUGUGGUGCCAAAAGAUGUCAAUGUGGCCAUUGCGGCAAUCAAGACCAAACGCACCAUCCAGUUUGUGGACUGGUGCCCCACUGGCUUCAAGGUGGGUAUCAACUACCAGCCUCCAACUGUGGUUCCUGGUGGAGACCUGGCCAAGGUGCAGAGGGCCGUGUGUAUGCUAAGCAACACCACAGCCAUCGCUGAGGCCUGGGCCCGACUGGACCACAAGUUUGACCUGAUGUACGCCAAGAGAGCCUUUGUUCACUGGUAUGUUGGGGAGGGCAUGGAGGAAGGAGAGUUCUCAGAGGCCAGAGAAGAUAUGGCUGCUCUGGAGAAGGAUUAUGAAGAGGUGGGGAUUGAUUCAUUUGAAGAAGAUGAGGAGGGAGAGGAAUAUUAAACAGGGUCAGCUGUCAAGUGUUUUCAGGGGAAAAUUAGUCCUGCUAGUAGUUAUUUAUUGGAGGGGGAGAUAAUAUUUUGGAUUUUAAUCCAGAAAUGUAACUUUUUAUUUACACUUUAAAACCGAAAAAUCUACCUAAAAUCUAUAUCUGUUUUGCCAAUAAAAUUUUGUUUUGACAGCUUUUAUGUUUGUUAGGUUCUGUUAAUAUAAUAAGUGGGUGAAUCUUUAUUUUUGAACUAAUGUGGCUCAAUAAAUCUCUCCCAAGAUAUGGA